CACACACACCCUCACACACACACACACACACACAGCGGCUGAGGGCAGAAACCCGGACACAAGAGGAUCCAGAGGGACAUUAGAGAGAAAUAAAAUAUUCAACUUUUAAUCGAUAGAAAUCUCUCUCUCUCUAUAUAUAUAUAUCUGUAUCUCUACACACACACAUAUAUAUAUAAAGAAAAUCUUUGGGGAAAGACAAUCCGCUCCCGGAGCCUUUCCAGAGUUGUGCGAAAGGGGGAAAAAAAGGAUUCCGACUCUCCUUCAGGCAAUGGCGACAGACGCGGAGACCAGGUUCAGCGGCUCCCCAGCAGAACUUGACAACAGCACUGGUGAUAUGUUGUCUGGCGAUGACGAUCAGACUGAAGCUGUUAUGAUACCAAGUGAAAUCAAUGGAAACUGGACACCGCAAGAGAAGUCCCUUCAUGAAGCUCGGAUCAAGGCGAAGGCCAAGAGGCGUUUGAGGAAGAACUCGUCUCGGGAUUCUGGACGAGGAGAUUCUCUCAGUGACAAUGGGGAGAAUAGCAGGAGUACUGUUCCCACCAGCCCCAAAGGGAAAUUGAUGGACAGAAAGUCACGGAUGGGGAAAGGGAGAGGACUGCCCAAAAAAGGUGGAGCAGGAGGUAAGGGUGUCUGGGGGACACCUGGGGAGGUGUACGAUGUGGAGGAAGUGGAUGUUCGAGAUCCCAAUUAUGAUGAGGAUCAGGAGAGCUGUAUUUAUGAAACUGUGGUUCUACCCCUCGAUGAAGGAGCUUUCCAGAAAACCGUGACUCCGAUUGUACAAGAAUACUUUGAACAUGGAGACACUAAUGAAGUUCUGGAACUGCUGAACAACUUGAACCUUGGUGGAAUGAAGUGCAGUGUGCCAAUGCUAGCAGUGUCACUGGCUUUGGAGGGGAAGGCCAGUCACCGUGAGCUCACAUCCAGGCUUCUGUCUGAUCUCUGUGGGAAAGUCCUUACCACGGGUGAUGUGGAAAAAUCCUUUGAUAUGCUGCUGAAAGAGUUGCCAGAACUAGCCUUAGACACUCCUGGAGCGCCACAGCUCGUUGGUCAGUUCAUUGCUAGAGCUGUGGCGGAUAGAAUUUUGUCUGAAGACUACAUUGAGAAGCACAAAGGGAAGGUGGACUGCACGAUUUCCAGGUCUGCAUUGGGCAGGGCAACAGUAUUACUCAGCAUGAAGAGGGGUGGUCUGCGUUUGGAGAAUGUGUGGGGAAUAGGAGGUGGACAAAGACCCGUUGAGCAUCUUUCCCAGGAGAUUGACAUGUUACUCAAGGAAUACCAGCUGUCUGGAGAUGUGACUGAGGCUGAACGGUGCCUGCAGGAGCUAGAAGUGCCACACUUUCACCACGAAUUUGUUUACAAGGCUAUAGUCAUGGUUCUGGAAUCAACUGGGGAAACUACCUUCAAAAUGAUACUGAAGCUGCUUAAGUCUUUGUGGGAAUCAACAGUCAUUACUCUGGACCAAAUGAACAGAGGAUUUGAGCGAGUGUACAAGGAGAUCCCUGACAUUAACCUUGAUGUGCCACAGGCGUAUACAGUGAUGGAACAGUUUGUCGAUCAGUGCCUUCAGAUGGGGAUCAUAGUGAAACAGAUAAGGGAUCUCUGUCCCACCAGGGGACGCAAACGUUUUGUGAGUGAAGGAGAUGGUGGACGCUUCAAGUGAAAAUGUUUUUGAAAGCGAGCAAGAUCUUGUAAUCAACAAUUUCUUUUUUUGUGCGGUUAACCUUGGAUUAUAGAUUUCUGAUCCACAUGGUUCACAUUACGUGUGAACAUCGACCAGGAUGGGUUAAAUCAUUUAAGUAUUUUCAGUAAACUUGCUGGGAAAAGGAAACCAAAAAAAAAAGCACUUAAUAUAUGGGGUUUUGAUUUUAUUUCUUUUGGAAAGGAGGGAGGGGUGAAAUGAUACCAGUGGGUGCAACAUGCUUGUGGGCAAUGAAAAUAAGCUAUUUUAAGGGUAUUCGCAAGCAAUCUAAUCAUUCCAUGUUCUUGUAUAAACUUCACUGCCACACCUUUCUGAAUACUGUGGUUUUAUAAAUGACUGGUUUGAAUACAAAACUGUAUGAAUUGGGUUAUACAUGCUGUGUAUAAUGGCUCUCCCUUCUUGGCUGCUCAUGCUACAAAUGCAAUGCUUUAAGCAGUUUUAAAAAGAAAAGCUGGACUGGUAUCUUGUAUCUGUGCAUUUUCAGCAGAAUGUAUUAAAUGUUCAAUUGGUUUAUGGUACAAGUGACUUUUGGCAGUAACCAUUUAAUUUUGAAGUUGGGAAAUGACAAUGGAUGUACUUUUGGUCCAUGCAGAAAGUGAAAAUCAAUAAAGUUGGUUUAUGAAGCA